CAUGAGUUCAACAGCACCUGAACGAACACCCCGGUCGCACGACGGAUCGGAGCAAUCUAUGAUCUUCGCAGACCAGGAACCUCGUCAUGAGAAUGUCUCGGAGAAAGGACCUUCAGAUGAAUUUGAAGUCGGUCCAGCUCCAGACGGUGGUCUCCGCGCCUGGCUGGUGGCAGCUGGUGCAGGCUCGGUCUUCUUCUGCACCCUGGGCCUCGCCAACUCUUUCGGUGCCUUCGAGGACUACUACUUAACCCACCAAUUGAAAGGCGAUACCGAGGGCGCCAUCUCGUGGAUUGGCUCGCUGCAAUCCUUCUUGCAAUUCUUCUCGGGCAUGCUGGGAGGCCCACUUUUUGAUCGUUAUGGUGCCAAGGUCUUCUGGCCUGCCGGACUCCUCUACGUCGUCGCCCUCAUGCUACUGAGUGUAUGCAAGACCUAUUGGGAGACCAUGCUCGUGCAGGGUGUCCUAAUCGGGUUGGUGAUGGGCUUCUUACAAAUCCCGGCCUUCGCAGCGGUGUCGCAAUAUUUUGAUAAAAAUCGAGCUGGAGCCCUAGGGCUUGCCGUUGCUGGGUCUUCUAUUGGUGGAGUCGUUAUGCCCAUUAUCCUCUCCAAGGGGUUCAACGGUUCCUCGCUAGGAUUUGGAUGGACGGUCCGCGUGGUUGCCUUUGUGAUAUUGCCGUUCAUUGGGUUGGCCUGCUUUGCUAUCAAGUCUCGUGUGCCACCGCGGAAAACCCACUUCUUCCUUCUGGCCCCCUACAAGCAACCGCGCUUCGUCAUGCUUUUUGUCGCCCUUUUCUUCAUGUUCAUUGGCAUGUUUACCCCGAUGUUCUACCUCACCACCUACGCCACCACCCAGGGCAUGAGUGCAACGCUGGCUGGGUACCUGCUGUCCAUGGUCAACGCUGCUUCGACCUUCGGGCGCAUUGUUCCAGGCAUACUGGCCGACAAAUUUGGUCGUCUGAAUACCUUUGCCGCUGGUGGCAUCAUUACUGGCAUUUUGGUAUUUUGUAUGACCAGCGCCACUAGCAACGCCGGCUUGAUUGUCUAUGCGAUCUUUUUCGGCUUCUGCUCCGGUGCCAUUGUUUCCGGCGCCUCGGCCACCUUCUCCAGCUGCCCUGAUAACCCCCGGGAUAUUGGUACCUACAUGGGCAUGGGAAUGGCGAUUUCAGGCUUUGGGGCUCUGGUUGGACCUCCUAUCAAUGGAGCCAUCACUGCUCGGUAUGGUGGCUAUUUCGAAUGCUGUAUGUUUAGCGGUUCAAUGGCGGUGUUUGGCGGUUUCAUUGCCUUUGCGGCAAAGCGAACGACGAAGGAGGGUCUUUGGGGAAUGGCUUGA